CAGUCGUCGGGUUUUGAUUUCAUUUUCAAAUUUAUAGAAUUAAACAUGACAAAUUCCCAAAAUACCCGGCCCUGCAAUUACUUUGAUAUAUAUUUUUAAUUUUUUGUUAUGAUUAAACUAAAUUCAAAGUCAUAUUUGAUAUUGGUCUUAGACUUAUUACAAAAUAACACGUUGUUAUUCCAGAGGACGACACAAUAAUCAUGAUGAUGGCGGCUUCGCCAGCAGUAGUACAGUCGACAGAGAGCCUGGAUUCUGACAAGACCCGAUUUCAAGUGGAGCUUGAAUUUGUCCAAUGCCUGGCCAAUCCUCACUAUUUAAAUUUCAUUGCACAACGAGGAUAUUUCAAGGAUAGCAAGUUUGUCAACUAUCUGAAAUAUUUACAGUAUUGGAAAGAGCCACAGUUUGCCAAAUACCUCAAAUAUCCCCAAUGUCUUCACUUUUUGGAGCUUCUACAAUAUGAACAUUUUCGUAAGGAACUGGCCAAUGCACAAUGUGCACAAUUUAUCGAUGACCAGCAGCUGUUACAUUGGCAACAUUAUACUAGGAAACGCAUGCGACUACAACAGGCUGCAGCUGAACAGUUCCAACAACAGCAGCAGCAUCAGAAACAACAGCAGAUGCAGCAGCAAUUGAGACAACCACCACCACAACAGCAGCAACAGCAACAACAAGAACAGAAACCAUUGCAGCCUGUACAGCAGAACCAGCAGAAUCCAAAAUGAGGAAUUCGGAAUAGAUGCUCUGGAGCUUAGCAGUCUGUGAUUUCAAAGACUGGACAUUUCUGGUCAAAUGCAAUGUUCUGAUGCAUUCCAGAUUGAGAUAUAAUUGUUGUUCCUCCAAGACUUCAAGUCUCAGGACUGAGCAUCUGAACUGUUCCUUCUUUUUUUAACCCAGUAAAGAAGAAAUAUGACCUACCCUGUUCAGACAGCCUCCAGAGGGGGUAAAUUUGUGGAACUUGGGUUUAGGAAUGUUAAUUGUCCAGGAUACAGCACCCCCAAAAAGGUACUCAACACUACUAGGUCACCCAUACAUAUAGGUUUUUGAAAUGUUGGGCAAAUCUGGAAAAUGUUAAGUUUAUAUUAGUUGAUGUACAAAAUUGUAUAUGUAUAUUGAAGGGAGAGAACAGAUUGCUUGAUCACCCUUUGUAGGAACUCAUACAGGCUUGUAGACUCCUGUUUCCAUCAUAAUGUGUAAAAUUAAAGAAUCCAUGCUUCUAAACACACUUCAACACCACCCACUACCAGUUUGGUCACUUAUCGACAUUCAUCCAAAAAGCAGAAUUUGACCUAAGGCUAAGGAAAAUUGUGUAUGUUAUCCUUCCAAAAGUUUCAUCUUGGGAAAAUGUUUGAGAUUUUGUAUAUAGGUUUACAAUAAAGGUUUAGUUUUUCGGACCUCCUUUUGUGUAGGACUUUCCAACAAGAUACGUUUAUGCCAAACCAUAGGUGUGCAUUUGAUAUUAACAUGUUGAGAGCAAGAGUUAAUGGGAGGGGCUUAUUUCGUGGGAGUCAUACAUGUCAUAUGUUACCUUUGUGUUGAGACAUGAGACCAACCACUAAAAACUAAUUCAGUAUUAACUACUUGUUCCUGUGUAAUUUUCAAUUCCCAUUUUGAGUGCACUGCACUUCCCCAAAUAUUUCUUUUUUUAUUUCCAUUCUUGUACAUAACAACUGAAAAGCAUUUUCACCCAAGACUUACAAUAAGGCCAUGCCAGACAUGUUAAAUUGACUGGGCUAUACAGCAGGCAAUAACACAUUUAGUACUUCCACCAUGCAUAGCUUUGAGUCUUAUCAAUAACACAUAAGUCUAUAUGAAAACCAUUAGCUUGAGCUGUGUUCCUAUUGCUCUAUGCUCCAUGUAACAAGAAGGAACCGUCUUAGGAUUGCAGGCAAGUAAAUAGGCCCCAAAUAGGCCUCUGAUGACAUCCA